AAUCUCACGGCGGCGCGUGCAGAUUCUCUGAGCCAUCUGAAGGUUCAUAACUUUACCAAGUCUUUCAUAGACUACCUGGAAAUGUGCUGGAUGCCUGCACUUGUCAGUAGGUGAAGCAUAAUAAGGAUCCUGUUGUUAAAUAUAGAAAAAAAGAGAAGAACAAUAAAACACUUAAUGCUUUUACAUAAGACCGUGAAGCUCUUGUUGUGUAUGUGACAGUUACGCAUCACAGCCUCUUUAUAUGUGCGCACCGCUGGUGCCAGACGCGCGUUUCCGGCCCGCGCUGGUGAUGCGAUGCCCCGCAACCACAGCGGCGAUGAGGGCGGUACUGGUCUCUGGAUGAAGACCUCUCAGAACUAUGGAAUGAAAGAUGUCGAAGCCGGUUGUGGGACAAUGAACAACGCGACCAGGACGGUCGACAGUCUGCUGUCGGCGCCCGGCACAACAGGUGCAGGAGGCUCGGAGAACAUUAGGAGAAAGCAGGGCGCCCGGUUGAGCCUGCUCGGGAAACCGCUCACCUACAGCGCGCAGAGUGGCCGGAGAAACGCGCGCUACAGGAAGCUCCAGAACUGCCUCUACAAUGUCCUGGAGCGACCGCGCGCCUGGGCAUUCGUUUACCAUGCUUUCGUGUUCACCUUGGUGUUCGGCUGUCUGGUUCUAUCUGUGUUCUCCACCAUACCUGCUCAUACGCAGCUCUCCAAUCACUGUCUCUUCAUACUGGAGUUUGUGAUGAUUGUUGUUUUUGGUUUGGAGUACAUCAUUCGCAUCUGGUCUGCUGGAUGCUGCUGUCGAUACAGGGGAUGGCAAGGUCGACUGCGCUUCGCUAGAAAACCAUUCUGUGUCAUCGACAUUAUUGUACUAAUUGCAUCCAUCGCUGUGGUCUCAGCUGGUAGCCAGGGCAAUAUUUUCGCCACGUCUGCUCUUCGCAGUCUGCGUUUUUUACAGAUCCUGCGCAUGGUGCGUAUGGACAGACGAGGCGGUACCUGGAAACUGCUGGGAUCUGUAGUCUACGCUCACAGCAAGGAGCUUGUGACCGCCUGGUACAUUGGCUUCUUGGUGCUGAUCUUCUCUUCAUUCCUAGUCUACUUGGUAGAGAAAGAAUUUAACACACAGUUUGCCACCUAUGCCGAUGCUCUUUGGUGGGGUACAAUCACCCUCACCACCAUUGGAUAUGGGGAUAAAACUCCACAGACCUGGAUGGGGCGACUUCUCUCUGCUGGGUUUGCUUUGCUGGGCAUCUCGUUCUUUGCUUUACCUGCUGGUAUUCUUGGCUCUGGCUUUGCUCUGAAGGUCCAAGAGCAGCACAGACAGAAGCACUUUGAGAAGAGGAGAAACCCAGCAGCCAGCCUGAUACAGUGUGUGUGGCGUAGCUAUGCGGCUGAUGAGAACUCGGUUUCCAUUGCUACUUGGAAGCCUCAUUUGAAGGCGUUGCAUACCUGCAGCCCUAUAAAGAAAGACCAGGGAGAAUCCAUCAGCAGCCAAAAGCUGAGUUUCCGGGAGCGUGUGCGCAUGGCCAGUCCUCGUGGUCAAAGCAUAAAGAGCAGGCAAAUGUCAGUGAAUGAUCGGCGCUCUCCUGGCACAGAGGUGGGAGUGGAUGGAAGCAGCCCUGCCAAAGUCCAGAAGAGCUGGAGCUUCAAUGACCGAACUCGCUUCCGUCCAUCGCUCAGACUGAAGAGCCAAUCACGCACCACAGCUGAAGCUGACACCAAUCUUGGACCCGAUGAUGCUUUCGAUGAGAAGGGUUGCCAUUGUGAUGUGACUGUGGAAGAUCUGUCUGCUCCUCUGAAAGCAGUCAUCAGGGCCAUCAGGAUAAUGAAAUUCCAUGUGGCCAAGAAGAAAUUUAAAGAGACACUGCGGCCAUAUGAUGUGAAGGAUGUGAUUGAGCAAUACUCUGCUGGUCACCUGGAUAUGUUGUGUCGUAUCAAGAGUCUUCAGACUAGGUUGGACACCAUUGUUGGUCCACAGACUCUGAGCAGCAAAGCCAAGACCUUUUCCUCUCCCUCCCUGCACUUGUAUUACAGCCAGGCCAAGAGGAAACACUCUGCCCCAGGACUCGCCACACCUGUGCGUCCACAUCAGACACUUGGCACCAAAGCCAGGAACCUUUCCUCUCCCUCUCUACACUUGUAUUACAGCCAAAGCAGGAAGAAGCACUCUGGGGUGGAUCAGAUACUGGGAAAGGGACAGAUUUCUGUAGACAAGAAAGGCAGAGAGAAAAUACUCCAAGAAGGGGAGUCCCUGGAGCACGACAUGAGUAUGCUCGGCCGUGUCUGUAAAGUUGAGCGACAAGUGCAGUCCAUUGAGUCAAAGCUGGACUCAUUGCUGGAUAUCUAUCGUCAAGUUUUGCAGAAGGGUCCCUCCUCAAUGCUGGGUCUAUCUGCCUUGCCCCUGUUCGAGCUGGAUCAGACAUCUGACUACCAAAGCUCCAUCCAUAGCAAGGAUUUGUCCUCCUCCUCCCAGCUUAAUAGUGGAGUGUCUCACUCUGGCAGCAGUAACAUUCACCAUGGCCUGGAUCUUGCCCUGGCCCCCAGUGAACUCAACCUGGGUACUGGUUACCCACAUUUAGCCUCCUCCUUUCCACCAUCCCCCCUACUCAACAAUCAACCUUCCAGUCCAGACAGUUUCUACCCUGGUUCCCCUCCUCCCAUCCUCACCCCCAACAACCUUUCAAGAAGUCACCUGCGGUUCACUGAGCUGACCAGGCCUGCACCGGCUGUCCAUUCAACCACAACUCUUCAGCUCCCGCCUAUAGUACCACCGCCUCAGGGCCGGCCUACCAGCCUUAUCCCAGAAACAUUACAAGAGAGCAGGGCAGAGUGUCCAAACACUUGCCUGUUGGGAACCCAAACUGAGGUCCAGUCAGACACAGAGGCUGAGACACUUGAAACCACGGUACAGCUGAGGAAUAAGCCAGAGCGCAGCCCCAAGGAAGAAGGGUCUUGGAGAAGACACCUGAGCCUUGAUAUUGACCCUUUGAGGCUCAUAUCUACCACAACAUCUGCUUCACUGCAGGUUGAACGUGGGCUUGGGAAGUCUCUAUCUGCUCAGAAUCUCAUGCUACCAGCUGCUGCGGACUGUCAUCCCAGCCUAUCCACUCAAAAUAGUGGCAACAGAAACAACGAAUCUAGUGACCCAGAGCCACUGGCCGACUGGGGCGAUACAGAGCUGUUCAUCAAUGAUAAAGAGCUGGAGGCCACAGAUUGUGACCACUACCUCAUCAAUCACCAACAAAGCACCGAUACAACCUUCUCUUCUGAGCUGCUAUGGACAGGAGCCAGAGGGCUAUCAUCCAGCCAGGUUGGACCAAGAGAUAGCCCAGAGUCCCUUACCUUGCCUCACGUUUGCUUGGAGUAACCACAGAGCACAGGGACCUCACUGAGGAGUGUGGACAAAAUGUCCCCCAUGUGCUUUUUUCCAAAGGAAAUGGAGUGUCCAAUGCACUCUACAUCUUUUCUUGUUUUCACACACGCACAAAAAAAGACAAGUUCAUAAGUGUAUGUUCAUACGUAUGUAUCAAUGCAUGGAUAAUUUGUCAAAAAUAGAGAAUAAUAGAAUCAAUAUCAGUUGGAAACUGAUUGAAAAGAAGCAUUAAAAGAAUUAAUGAUUAGGAUAGUUCACCCAAAAAUUCCUCCAUUAUUUAAUCACCCUCAUGUUGUUCUAAACCUGUAUGACUUUAUUUCUUCUAGGACUGUAACGGUUCUCGGUAAAAAAACGAACCGUACGGUUCGCCACCCACGGUUCGGUAAGCAUUGGCACCGUGGUCGGUUCACCUCAAGUUUAAUGACGCAUCUGGAGCACAAGGUUUGGUGAAGAAAAGAAAGCGUCAAACAGACAUGCACAGUUACAACCUCCGCUAAUGCACCUGAAUGGAUCUGUAGAUAGAUAUGCUCCACCUGUGUUUCACGUAGGUCAACUUGAUGACAUCACUGUUCUGCAAGCGUUGUGUGUAAUUGAAAAUGGCAAGUGGAGAAAACGAGCCGCUGAUAGAGAAGCCCCCUGCGUUUCUCCUUUCUGGGAACAUUUUCUUUUUGCAGUCAAUUACAAUAGCGAUGGUGAAAAGACGUUUACAAAACAGGCACUGUUUGCAGACAUCGUUCGGCGCGAGUGCUCUAUACUGAUCAUAUGUCAAUAAUGCAUGAGGGUUUAUUUAAAACGCGCACGCAAGUUCUUCCUGUUUCCUCGCGUGGCUGUAAUCUAUCAUGAGCAUCAAUAAUGCGCUUUGAUUAAUAGAAUUAAGAUACCGUUAUAGUAAUACAUUGAUACAUGAUUAAUCGUUAUCACCCAGGGAAAGAGCCGCAGGUGAGCCGAAACUGCACACCGUCCCUUCCAUUUUUAAGCAGGCAUUAAGUGCUAAUUCGGACAGACAUGAAACAAUAACCAAAGCGCUUGGGGUGUUCAUAUGGGAUUUCCACGUAUUAUUAAAAUACUCAAGAAGCAUUAUCACAACAUCCCUUCACGUAUGCAUUCUAAUAGCAAAGUUAUUCCUUCUAUAAUGAUGCACAGCUUCCGAAUAUUGAAUAUAUGUUGAGAUGAAUUUGAAGUGCACUUUAUUUUGAUGCAUGUAGCGUAUUAGAGCAGGUAUUAAGUUAAAAUGUUGAUUUAGUAAUUAGAGAUCAUGUUUUUUUAGUUAAGGACCCAGACAAAAAUUAACCAUGGUUUUACUAUAGUAAUACUGUAGUAACCAUGACUGCUGUCACAAUGGUUUACUGAGCAGAAAUCAUUGUUUUGAUACAAUUAAUCAUGGUUUUAUAACUGUAGUACUAUAAUUUUUAUAUACUAACCAUGAUAUUACUAUAUAUUGUAACCAUGACAGUAACCAUGUUUAUAUUAUGGUUACUAUGAUUUUACUACAAAUGCCAUGGUUAAACUAUGGUUAGUGUUGUAAAACAAUGAUUGUUAUUUAAGGGAAAACCUGUUGAAGUUUUUACCAAAUAGAUUAUUCUUUGGAUUUGGCAGUAAUAUUUUUUAUAGAUUUUUUCGGAACAAAGCAAAUACCGAACCGUACCGAAACCGUGACCCUAAAACCAUGAUACAAACCGUACCAUGAGAAAUUCGAACUGUUACACCCCUAAUUUCUUCUGUGGAACACAAAAGGAGAUGUUAGAAACAAUGUUAGGGACUGAUAGCCUCAGUCACCAUUCACUUUUAUUGCGUCUUUUGUCCAGCCAAUAAAAGCAAAUGGUGGACUUUCUGUCUAACAUCUCUUUUUGGUGUUCCACUAAGAACAGAACAGUCAUAUGGGUUUGGAACAAAUGAGGUAAAUGAUAACAGAAGUUUCAUUUUUGGGUGAACUAUCCCUUUAAGGAGUAUGGUACUGAAUGAGCUCUUCUUUCAACCUUGCAUGGGAAUGGCAUGUUUAAAAGGCAACAGCAAAUAGGAAUGAAUGUGUGUAUGCACAUAUACUAAUAAGCCCUCACUCAGCGUUAGGAUUAAUUUCUCACUUCCUUCUAAAUGUUUUGCUAUCCAUUUACUGGCAUGUGUAAAGAAUUAUGGGAGUAAUAGCAGAAAACCAGAUGGUCUUGUCCAAACCACAUUAAGCCGUGAUACUAUGCAAACCUCAGCAGGGUUUGCAAGGGACUUCAGAACUCAGAUCAAAUAUCUUCACACUGUAGCCUACACAGAGAUGUGUUUUCUUAAUUUAAAUAUAUGUUUUAAAACAUUAGAUGUUUAGCAUAUGAAGAAAGCCGAAUGCUAUUGAGGAAUGGUGUCAUGCAAGGUCCUGUGAGGAGGUGUGUGGUAUUUGUGACAAUCGGUUUAGUAAAGAGCGCUGAUUUCAAUUUUUUUUCUAAUUUCAGAGUCCUCAUGUGGACAUUCGGCUGCUAAAAUGUAAAAAAAAUGAGGAAGAAAACAGAUUUGUUAUCAUGACAAUAAUUCAACAGUCGCAAUAUCAUAAUUAACCAUUUUUAUAUGCAUUGUAAUUGCUUUGUAACCGGCAUCCAUUUAAUGAGAAAGACAACUGUCACAUUACCUGUCAUGUUGAAAUUUACACAGAUGGGUUUUGAAUAGAAUUGUGGCAAUAUUUAAUUUCUGUUGUAUUUUCUGACAGCUUUUAAAUUCUGUAGCAAGCAGGCAUCUUAUACCUGAACCUCAGCAUUGGAACCUCUGUUCUAAAUUUUUUAUUCCAUGCUUCUGAAUGGUACAAUAAGUGCUUUAACUAAAAUGUUUAUAUGUUUAACCUAAAAUGUAACGUGUAUAUCAUUAUGUGUAUGUAGAAAGAUAACCAUGAUUAGCUGUUAAUUUUUUUUUCUCCGUUAAAAGCAUCUGAGUAAUACAUUGAGGAUGUUUUUGGCACUUUUCAAUUGGAAGCACAACUGUUCAGAUGUGUAAAGGAAACCUGCAAAUGUGAUAAGUUGUUUUAACAUGAAUAUGCUUUAAAGAUGAUUUAUAAUCCAGUUGUGAUGCAUAUUAUGCUCAUAAUAUGGGCACCUGAAAAUUAAAUUGAGAAAAUGUCAACAGCUGUGGAAUUCAUGCUUGAAUUGCAGAAAAAGGUUGGACGGAAACAUUAGCCUUCUAAACACAUUAUAUCAUUCAUAUUAUUUUUGUUAUUACUUUAAUGUACAUUUUCUUUAAUUUGUAAUUCAAUGUUUUACGGUGCCUUUUUUGCAUUUUAUUUAACAUUCAUAAAACUUCUGUAUUCAUAACAGCACUCUUACCUUGAACUUGUAUUAAAAUCGUUGUGUUUAUUUUUCAAUAAUUGCACAUUCACUGUUUGGCUGUGAAGCGUCUGCCGGUUAAAGCAACAUUUCUUUGUUUUACCACUAGAUCAAAUAAUUUAUUACACAGAAACUGGCCUUAAUAUACAUGCUUGAUAAGCAUUGUUAGUGUUCUCUGUCAUUCAGAAUAAUUUAUUUCAUCAUUGUGCACAUGACAGAGUUGAUGCUCUGGGAUUGAAAAUGCAAAAUUUAAAUUUAUGACUAUUAUUAUACUUAAAUAAACAAAAGACUUGAAAC